AUUUUUACUUCCGUAUAUUUUAAGUAUUUUGUAUUAUUUGAUAUCAUAAGUAUCAUAAUACAAUGUUAUCAGUGAAAACAGUAAUAGUAUAUUGAGAGCGGGGAGGAGGGUUAUCGUUUAAAUACGUAGGAAGUUUAAUCAUCGUAUAAUUGUAUAAAAUGUCCAGUAUUGUAGAAUUACUUUGCCUAUGAUAAUGCAGCCAUGACUACGUCGUUGCGUUACGUUUGGUUAGCAACUGUUAUUGUUGUCUGCAUCGAUGGUUCUGUACAGUCAACAGUAUCUGAUGGUAACAGUAAUUGUACUAACCUAAAAGGUUUAAAGGAUGGUUUAGCAAAGCUGAAUGCAUCUAUUGCAGUGGCAGAAAAAACGUGUUCUCAAACAGCAGGUUUAAAUGAAGGUGUAGCAAAGCUGAAUGCAUAUCUUGCAGCGGCAGAAAAAACGUGUACUCUAACAGCAGAGUGUCCUGUCGACUGGAUCUUGCAUGGAAAUAGUUGUUACUAUUUCAGCUAUGAUUUGACAACUUGGAGUACCGCAACGAUUGAGUGCCAAAAUAAAGGCGGAUACUUGGUUGAGGUUGACAAUGAUCGAGAGAAUGCAUGGUUGGUGUCAAAGUUAAAAGACGAAGUAUGGAUUGGACUUACUGACAUUCAAACCGAAGGAAGAUGGCGCUGGCAGACUGGGUCUCCUAGUACUUAUAGCAACUGGCAAUCUGGUGAACCAAAUGGUGGAACAGGACAAAACUGUGCACACUACUGUGCAACCAAAUGCCACAAGACGUAUGUUGGUUGGAAUGAUGGGUCUUGUACUGUUCCAAUUGGAUAUAUCUGUGAAAAAAAUUUACAUCAUUGAAGUUCCUUUGAUACAUCGUUAACAGUGGUUUUUUAGACUAUUCUUUUAACUUUGUAAUUUGCAGACAUCUUUUUAUAUGAAAAUUAGCUUUUCUUGGCAUGUAAGUUGUUUGUUGUUCAUACAAAGAACAGUUUCAAACCCAUUUUCUGAAUAAAGCUGAUUGCAGUUU